UUCAACCGUCAACAUAAAACCUCAAUUUUACCUUAGUCAUUAUUUAAUAAUCGCCACGUUAAACCAUGUCGGAGUUUCUUAUUAAUAAAAAUAGUUCUUCUAAUUUCAAAAUGAAAACUGUAAAAGAAUACGAAAAAAGUGAAUCAAAUGAAAGACGUCGCAAUAUAUUACAUUUAAUAGCAUCGUAUUUAAAAGAUAGAAACUUAAUGGAUUCAUAUCAGUCGCUAUCAAACGAAGCUCAGUUAACAAAUCAAUACGAAGUAUGUGAUAACAUCGAUCUUGAUAUUAUAUUACAAGAAUACCAAAGUUAUUACUUUACGAAAUUUAAUAAAUAUCCAAAGUUGGUUAAAAAGUUAGAUGUUGACGUAAUAAAACAAGAUGAACAUCAUAAAAGGAAAUCUAAAACAUCUUUCGUGUCGCCAUCAAAUAAUAAUUCCACAAAUAAAGAUGUAGAAAAGAAAAAUGAUUCACGAUCAGCAGACGAAAACAUAAAGAAAUUUCAAAUUGCUGUAACUCAUUUAGACACAAAAAAGGACGGACAGAAAGGAGACGGUGAUAUUACGACUUCGAUUUUAUUACAAAAUAGGCUCAAUGCAAAAUCGCUGUGUGAUUUUAAACAAUACACACCUGAAUGGCGAGAAAUGGCUGACCUUAUUAUUAAGGAAAUCGUCCCGAAAAACUUGGGGGUGACUUGGAACGAUUGUAUUGGGUUAGAUGAGGGAAUUGAAAUUCUUAAGGAGACUCUUAUUUAUCCUAUGAAAUAUCCAGGUUUAUUCACCGGAUUGGUAACUCCUUGGAGAGGUGUUUUACUCCAUGGUCCUCCUGGUACUGGAAAAACGCAUUUAGCAAAAGCAGUAGCUUGCGAAGCUUCCUGUACAUUUAUUAACGUUCGAAGUAGUUCCUUCAUUAGUAAAUGGAGGGGAGAAUCUGAAAAAAUGUUAAAAGUAUUAUUCGACGUAGCAAAAUAUUAUGAACCAACAACGAUUUUUAUAGAUGAAGUAGACGCUAUCGCCAGUAAAUAUGAAGAUGGACAUGACGCAUCCAGACGAUUUAAAAGUGAAUUACUUAUUCAAAUGGAUGGCAUUUUAAACGGUGAUGAACAAGUAUUUGUGUUAGCCACUACAAAUGCACCUUGGAGUUUAGAUCCAGCGAUUUUGCGAAGAUUCGAAAAACGAUUAUUAUUGAAUUCACCCAAUCUUGAAGGGCGAGCAAAACUUUUCAAACACUUCCUCAAUAAGCACUCGAAUGACUUUCAAGAUGAAGAUUUUUUUAAAAUGGCAGAGUGGUCCAGUAAUUACUCAGGUGCUGAUAUAAAAUGCGUUUGCAAAGAGGUUAUCGUGGGCACAAUAAGAGAAGUAAUUAACGUUCGUGAUUCCAAUAAAGCUAAUCUUGAAUUACGAAAACCAAAUUUGAAUGAUGUAGUUAAAGCUCUUCGAAAGACAUUUCCUACGGCUAAUUCGGUCGCUAUUGAAAAAUAUGAUAGUUGGCAAAAGAAGUUUGGAAGCAUGUAAUGUUUAUAUUUUUAUUGUAUUUUAAUGAAAAAUAAAUUCACAAGGGAACUUUUAAAUAUCA